AUGGCCUACAACUACAACACUGAGCGCGAAAUAGUUGUUGGUAGGCGAAUGGCGCUUCACCAACGGAUUUUGGACUAUCGUUCCAUGAUCGAGCUCGUAAAACAGAUGUUGGAUGACCAAGAGCGGAUCGUGCACGACGUCGAUCUUUACCUUAUGUUCGAGAACGUGCUUCUGGGAGCGACCAGACUUUUGGAAAUCCCCAGACUACCUACUUUUGCCGUUGGACGAGCUCAGGCUUCCCAUCUCCAAGCGAGUACUCAAGUUAGUGCUCAAAACCAAGCUCAAACUGCGGCCUGGGUUCGGACUACCCUCAAGGUCCCUUUGAUCGGACGACCUUUUAAUGCUGGAUGUGGAGCGCAACCGCUCAUUGACGAAGUAUUGGUGAGACGACAGCGAAUUGUGGACGCCAGGGCUUUGCUGAGGGAAUUGGAACGUAUAAUGGAGAAGGACAAGAGGACUUAUGAGACUCUUGGCGAAGCCUUGCUUAGCAUUGACGGUUAA